AUGUGUUGGUUGCAAUGGCAAGCACUGCGUCUCCCUGCUGCCUCUCUUCUGCCACAUCUUACUGCCUCUCUGCUUCUCUCCUCCCCGUGUUCGUUCCUCCCCACUUCGGUGUCUUCUCUGCUGCUCCUUUUGUUUCGUGCAGGCACCAUCCGCAACAUACUGAAUGGCACUGUCUUCCGAGAACCAAUUCUCAUCCGCAACAUUCCCAUCUUCCAUACGCCGCUCUUCCCCCUCUUACUCCUUCAACUUCAACUUCAACCUCCCACCAUCGCUCUUCCCCAGUUAUGCCCUCCCAGCAGACAGAAAUCCCCCUGGUUUUUGAGAAUUCUCAAAAACCAACUCCCUCACCCUCCCACCCUUACCCGUGCUCGUUGCACACUCUCCGCCCCCUCCCUCUCCGCCCCCUCCCUCUCCGCCCCCUCCCUCUCCGCCCCCUCCCUCUCCGCCCCCUCCCUCUCCGCCCCCUCCCUCUCCGCCCCCUCCCUCUCCGCCCCCUCCCUCUCCGCCCCCUCCCUCUCCGCCCCCUCCCUCUCCGCCCCCUCCCUCUCCGCCCCCUCCCUCUCCGCCCCCUCCCUCUCCGCCCCCUCCCUCUCCGCCCCCUCCCUCUCCGCCCCCUCCCUCUCCGCCCCCUCCCUCUCCGCCCCCUCCCUCUCCGCCCCCUCCCUCUCCGCCCCCUCCCUCUCCGCCCCCUCCCUCUCCGCCCCCUCCCUCUCCGCCCCCUCCCUCUCCGCCCCCUCCCUCUCCGCCCCCCCUCUCCGCCCCCUCCCUCUCCGCCCCCUCCCUCUCCGCCCCCCCCUCUCCGCCCCCUCCCUCUCCGCCCCCUCCCUCUCCGCCCCCUCCCUCUCCGCCCCCUCCCUCUCCGCCCCCUCCCUCUCCGCCCCCUCCCUCUCCGCCCCCUCCCUCUCCGCCCCCUCCCUCUCCGCCCCCCCUCCCUCUCCGCCCCCUCCCUCUCCGCCCCCUCCCUCUCCGCCCCCUCCCUCUCCGCCCCCUCCCUCUCCGCCCCCUCCCUCUCCCUUGUUGAAGAAGUGUUUUGAGACGCUCAAACUAGUCUACGGUGAGUGCCAUAGAGAUGGCAGAUUCAUGCCCCUCUCGGUCAUGCCCCUCUCGGUCAUGCCCCUCUCGGUCAUGCCCCUCUCGGUCAUGCCCCUCUUCUUCCUCCACUCUCAUGCCCUUACCUGUGUCAUGGCUCUUAUCUUCCUCCUUACCCACCAGAACCCCCUCAUGGCACCAGUCAAGUCUUGGACGAGAACGAGGUCGAAUCGCCCCCUUCCACCACCAGCGCUACCGAUUCCUCUCUGGCGUGCUUUUCUCUCUGUCAUGCCCCUCUGUGUGAUGCCCCCCCCCCCCCCUUACCCACCAGAACCCCCUCAUGGCACCAGUCAAGUCUUGGACGUGUACGAGUUCAAGUCGCCCCCUUCCACCACCAGUGCUGCUGGUGGGGAUGGGGGUGGCGGUGUGGCGCUUGCUAUGUACAACACAGACGAGGUGGGCAGGGUGGGGGAUUGUGUUCCCAGGCUGCGCCACCAUCUGUUUACCACUGCCAGCAGCAGUGCUGGGGGUGGGGAUGGGGGUGGGGAUGGGGGUGGGGACGGGGGUGGGGACGGGGGUGGGGAUGGGGAUGGGGACGGGGGCGGGGACGGGGGUGGUGAUGGGGGUGGGGAUGGGGGUGGUGAUGGGGGUGGGGGUGGGGGUGGGGAUGGGGGUGGGGGUGGGGAUGGGGGUGGGGACGGGGGUGGGGGACGGGGAUGGGGGUGGGGAUGGGGGUGGGGGUGUGGCACUUGCUAUGUACAACACGGAUGA